AUUGUUUAUCACAGUCGCCUGCCCUCAGGUUUUUUCUCUCUCCUCUAAUAUCCUUCGCAUUCCUCUCCGAUUUCUGUAAGGAAAGAGUAAGAUGUCUCACAGGAAGUUUGAGCACCCCAGACACGGUUCCCUAGGGUUUCUUCCUAGGAAGAGGGCCGCUCGCCACAGAGGAAAGGUGAAGGCUUUCCCCAAGGAUGAUACAAGCAAGGCACCACAUUUGACUGCCUUCCUUGGUAACAAGGCUGGUAUGACCCACAUUGUUAGGGAGGUCGAGAAGCCAGGAUCAAAGUUACACAAGAAAGAAACCUGUGAGGCUGUGACCAUCAUUGAGACCCCUCCUAUGGUGGUUGUUGGUGUUGUUGGUUAUGUGAAGACUCCUCGCGGUCUGCGUACUUUGAACACUGUAUGGGCCCAACAUUUGAGUGAGGAGCUCAGGAGAAGGUUCUACAAGAACUGGUGCAAGUCCAAGAAGAAGGCAUUCACCAAGUAUUCUAAGAAAUAUGAGAGUGACGAGGGCAAAAAAGACAUCCAAUCUCAGCUUGAGAAAAUGAAGAAGUAUGCCACUGUUGUCAGAGUCUUGGCUCACAAUCAGAUUAGGAAGAUGAAGGGUUUGAAGCAGAAGAAAGCCCAUUUGAUGGAAAUUCAGGUCAACGGUGGUACUAUUGCCCAAAAGGUUGACUACGCCUAUGGCUUCUUUGAGAAGCAAAUCCCAAUCGAUGCGGUCUUCCAAAAGGAUGAGAUGAUUGACAUCAUUGGUGUGACCAAGGGUAAGGGUUAUGAAGGUGUCGUCACUCGUUGGGGUGUUACUCGUCUUCCCCGUAAGACUCACAGAGGUUUGCGUAAGGUUGCUUGUAUUGGUGCAUGGCAUCCUGCCAGAGUUUCAUACACUGUUGCAAGGGCUGGUCAGAAUGGGUACCAUCACCGUACUGAAAUGAACAAGAAAAUUUACAAGCUCGGAAAGAAUGGUCAGGAGACUCACAAUGCAAUGACCGAGUAUGACAGGACUGAGAAGGAUAUCACUCCAAUGGGUGGUUUCCCUCAUUACGGUGUGGUGAAGGAUGAUUACAUCCUCAUCAAGGGAUGCUGUGUUGGUCCAAAGAAGAGAGUGGUGACUUUGAGGCAAUCUCUCCAAAAGCAAACAUCCCGUGUUGCCCUUGAGGAGAUCAAACUCAAAUUCAUUGAUACAUCGUCCAAGUUUGGCCAUGGUCGUUUCCAGACAACCAACGAGAAGCAGAAGUUUUAUGGUCGUCUAAAGGCUUAGAGGUUCCUUUGUCUAAUUGUCUUGUUACUUAAGCUAGUUUUUUUUGCAGAAUUUGAUGAGAUCAUUGGUGUCGAAUAUACAUUUAUUUUCGAGCAUUUGUUUGUUGUUAGUGACUUGUGAAAUUUUGCUGUUAUUUUAUGUUUACUUGAAAAGUUUUGUUUGCUCGAAA